AUGAUCAGUGGCGGAGCCUCCGCCCUCCCCUCCGCGGGACUCCCCCCGCAUCCGCAGCAGGAGCACCCCGCGCCCGCGCACGUAGACGCGACUCCAGCAGCAGCCACUCCCGCCUCCGCCUCCGCCGUAGGCAUGGACGCAGGCGCGAGCGUAGGGGGGGAGAAUGCCCUGACGGCGCUGAACCCAGUGGUGGCGGGACUGGCGGCGUCGCGGACGGCGCAACUGACGGACGCGGCGCGGGCGCUCAAGGCGCAGGGCGUUCCGCUGAUCGAGCUGGCCGCGGGGGAGCCGGAUUUCGACACCCCCAAGGAAAUUGUCGAGGCAGGAGUGGCGGCUCUGCGGCAGGGCUUCACACGCUAUGCGCCCAACCAGGGCACUCUGGAGCUCAGAGCGGCCAUCUGCGAGAAGCUCAAGACGGAGAACGGUCUCAGUUACUCGCCAGAGGAAGUGGUGGUGAGCAACGGCGCCAAGCAGGCCGUGUUCCAAGGGGUGAUGGCUGCAUGCAGUCCGGGGGACGAGGUCAUCAUCCCAGCGCCCUACUGGGUGUCCUACCCUGAAAUGGCUAAACUCGUGGGAGCCACGCCCGUCGUCCUCCCCACCACCACGGCCCACUCCUUCCUCCUCUCCCCCUCCGCCCUGCAAGCCGCACUCACCCCCGCCUCGCGCCUCCUCAUCCUCUGCUCGCCCUCCAACCCCACCGGGGCUGUGUAUUCCCCGGAGCAGCUGCAGCAGCUGGCAGAGAUUGUCGCCCAGCACCCGCGGCUCUUGGUCCUAGCAGACGAGAUCUACGAGCACAUCAUCUAUCCGCCAGCUCGGCACGUGAGCUUUGCUUCGCUCCCGGGCAUGUGGGAGCGCACGCUCACAGUCAACGGCUUCUCCAAGGCCUUCGCCAUGACAGGCUGGCGACUUGGCUAUCUUGCGGCUCCCAAGCCAUUCGCAGCAGCGGCCAACCGCAUUCAGAGCCAGACCACGUCGGGCGCCAGCAGCAUCGCUCAGAAGGCAGCCAUGGCAGCAUUUGAGCUGGGGCCGUGUGGGGGAGACACAGUGGCAGCGAUGGUGGCGGCAUUCAGGAGGCGGAGAGACAUGCUGGUGGCUCGCCUAGAGAAGAUUGCUGGCAUCAAUCUGGCCGUGCCCCAGGGAGCGUUCUAUCUCUUCCCGGACGUCUCCUCCUUCUACGGCCGCUCAGGCCCAGGGUUUGGACCAAUCACGGACAGCGAGUCAAUGUGCCGAUAUUUGCUGGAGCGGGGGCAGGUUGCAUUGGUUCCAGGAGAGGCCUUUGGAGCUCCCGAGUGCAUCCGAAUAUCGUAUGCGGCAGCGGAUGAAGUGCUUUUACAGGCCAUGGACAGGAUUGAGAAGGCUCUGGCUGAAAUUGAAUAG